AUGAAGAGCACCCUAGACCAUUCCCAGAGACCCCAGACCAUCCCCAUAGGACCCCAGACUACCCUUAGAGGACCCCAGACCACCCCAGAGAACCCCAGAUCACCCCAGGGGACCCUAAACCAUUCCCAGACUACCUCAGACCAACCCAAACCACCCUUUGAUCACCCCCAGAGACCCCAGACUACCCCUAGACCAUCCCUGGACCACCCACGUCCCCUCAUGCCCCCCUUAAACCAGACCAUUCCAAAGGAUUCAAUACCCCCAGGCCCCCGGACAACCCCAGACCACCUCUAUACCACCCCUAGACCACCCCAGACUGAGCUAAGACCACGAAGUCCCCCCAGAGUACCUUUGACUACGGACUUAUUAUGCUUUAAUUAUUAG